AUGUCUAAUUUGCCACAAGCCACGGCAGAGACUGAGCUUCCCACCGACCAGACCGUUCCUACUGCAUGGGCGCAGCAUGAGAACCAGGUAUCUACUGCACCUCUGGUGUCUUGGCCCUUCCCGAAACGAGAUCGACCUUCCCGCGAGGACCUCUCCGAGCUUGUGAGGUCGCAGCUUGUCUCGCGAUCAGAUUGGACACCCGUGGCCAGGGUACAGCAUGACAGUUGUGGAAUCCGGCCCAUUUCGUCCCGCGCAAAGCGUCUUAUCUUCCCUGUCAGCGGGAUAUUUGUGGAGGUGGAGGAGGAGGAGAAGCAGCAGCAGCAGCAACCCACGAUACAGCUUCAGUUUGAUCCGAUCAUCGGAUUGGUCUCGGCUUCCCUGUUGCGUCGCAAGCUCGAUGCUUUGCAUGCAAACUCCAAAUUUGUGGAGAUAAUGUCCCGCACGACUGUCUUCCGAGAAGCGUCUGAAGCUGGGGACCCCGUGGGGGAUCUGUCUUCGUGUUCUGUUGAGCUGCGAAGCCCCCAUCCCUUGGGUUGA